AUGGCUUCUCUCACGUCACCACUUCGCGUUGGCAAUCUUGAACUCAAACAUCGAGUCGUCUUAGCUCCGUUGACACGAAAUCGUGCCGACGACCAACAUGUGCCCCUUGACCUUAUGCGCGAGUAUUAUGCACAACGAGCAUCCGUCCCGGGUACCCUGUUGAUCUCCGAAGGCACGUUCAUUUCGGCCCGGGCAGGUGGUAUCGCAAAUGUUCCGGGGAUUUGGAACGACGCACAAAUCAAACAAUGGAAGACCAUCACCGACGCAGUCCAUGGGCGCGGCAGUUACAUUUUCUGUCAAUUAUGGGCACUUGGCCGCGCUGCAAACCCGGACAUUCUCAGCAAGACCAACAACCAUGUUAUCUCCAGCGGUAACAUCCCUAUCACAGAAUCAAGCCCUGUUCCAAAACCCCUUGAUGAAGAAGAGAUAUUUGAUUGGAUCCACGACUAUGCCCGCGCCGCGAAGAACGCGAUCGCUGCUGGGUUUGAUGGUGUCGAGAUCCACGGAGCAAAUGGUUACCUUGCCGAUCAGUUUUUGCAGGACACCGCCAACAACCGGACCGACCGCUGGGGCGGGAGCGUGGAGAAUCGAUCUCGGUUUGGCCUGGAAGUGGCUAAGGCUGUGUCUGAAGCGGUUGGUGUUGAAAAGACCGGAUACCGUGUUAGCCCCUGGAGCACAUUCCAAGGCAUGCGCAUGGAGAAUUUCCAAGAGCAAUUCACCAAUCUCAUUCAGGGUCUUGGUAAAUUGAAGUUGGCGUACCUACACUUCGUCGAGCCACGCAUCUCCGGCGGCCAAACAGUGGAUGAUCCAGUGGAGCAGGACGACCAGUUCAUGUUUGACGCAUUUGGGAAUUCAGGUGCGAUCAUCCUGGCGGGCGGCUUCACAGCAGAGUCGGCGACUGAAAAGCUUCGACUUCAUCCCAACCGAAAGAUUGCUUUCGCUUUUGGACGUUAUUUCCUGGCAAAUCCGGAUUUGCCCUUCCGGAUUGCUAACGAAAUCCCGUUCAAUGAGUACAACAGAGCGACCUUUUACACGCCGAAGUCACCCGUCGGCUAUGUGGACUACCCCUUCAGUCCGCAGUUCGUUACUAAGGCAUAG